AUGUGUGUCCUCCCCUGGGACGAUGUAUGUCCUCCCCUGGGGCGAUGUGUCCUCCCCUGGGACGAUGUAAGUCCUCCCCUGGGGCGAUGUUUCCUCCCCUGGGAUGAUGUAUGUCCUCCCCUGGGGCGAUGUGUCCUCCCCUGGGACGAUGUAUGUCCUCCCCUGGGACGAUGUAUGUCCUCCCCUGGGACGAUGUAUGUCCUCCUCUGGGACGAUGUAUGUCCUCCCCUGGGGCGAUGUGUCCUCCCCUGGGACGAUGUGUCCUCCCCUGGGGCGAUGUGUCCUCCCCUGGGACGAUGUGUGUCCUCCCCUGGGACGAUGUAA